AUGAUGAUGGCGCAGCCAUUUGCUGCCCAUCAAGGCAUCCCUCAACACCCCGGUCUGCCGCCGGGUCAUGCAUUGGCUCCUGGCCAACACCCAAAUGCUCAUCCUGGCGCCGGGAUGGUGCAACAGAUGCACCCAGGAGUAUCUGCCCCGGGUGGCCCACAGGUCACUCAAGGUGGUCCGAUGAUGGGGGGAAUGCCCCCAGGGGCAGGGACAACCGGGCCCGGUGGUCCUGUACAAGCUCAUGCUCUCUCUCAUUUGGGUCCACAGGCCCACCUGUUCCAACAAGGCCCCUACGCGCAAAAUUUUGCCGGUAAUCCGCACCUUAUGCAGCAGCACCAUCAGCAACUCCUUAGACAGCGUAUGAUGUUCCAGCAACAACAACAGCAGCAGGCACAACAAGCACAACAGCAACAGCCCCAACAGCAACCGCCACAGCAGCCCCAACAGCAACAACAACAACAUGCCGGCCUUCCGGUUUCUUUACCGAAUGGCACACAGGCGUUGAACGCAGCGCAGAUGGUCGCUAUGCAAGGAAACCCCGCCAUGCGACCGACAAAUCUGCAAAUGCAGCAGCUCCAGCAGAUGUCCCACGGGCAGGCCCAGAAUCUCCAACAGCAACAGCACCUUUUCGCGAUGCAACAGGCUCAGGCUCAGGCACAGGCCCAACAAGCCCAACAAGCCCAGCAGGUCCAGCAACAGAACGUAGCGGGACAGCCUGGCCACGGCACCCCCCAGCAGCGCCCGGCACCCCAGCCUCAAGGUUUACAUGAUGCCCAGAGUGUUACGCCACAACCUCAGCCGGGACCACUGCCUCAUCAGGGAAGCAGCACUCCCCAGCCAAAUCCCUCUCAAAUCGCGCCAUCGCAGCCGCCACAACCGCAAGCCGUUGUUCCUCAACCGCAGCAGACUCCCAAUCCCCCACCGCAACAACUUCCACAAUCUCAGCAGCCUGGGCCGCAGAUGCAGCAACAGCAAGCGCAACCCCAAGCGCAGCAGCUGCAAGCACAGCGGCAACCACCACAACCUCAACAGGGUCAGCCAGGCCUACCGCAGCCACCAAUGACUGCGCAGGAGGCGCAAUUGAAAGCCCAGCAACAGCAACAGCAGAAUAAUGCUGCGUUGAUGAUGCAGCAGCGAAUGGCGCUGAAGGGUGCUACAAUUCUUUGCCUCAAUAACUUCGCUGAGCAUCUCAGUAACUUCCAGAGUCGUGGAGAGGCGCAUGAUCUUUUGUACUGGCAGUCCUUCGUGGACAGGUUUUAUUCACCAACCGGAGUUCUCCGACAAGGCGUAUACAAUCCUCAAGCAGGCUCCAAACAAUUUGAAAUUGCAACCCCCGCUCUUGCACGAUAUUACAUGACCCAAUUUACGAGCGGUAUUCGUCAGAUUCAAAUGCUCAUUGAGGGAGCCCGGGAAAGAGACUCACCAAAUGGGGGGCAUAUCGUGGAAAGUCCCAAAGCCUCCUUCAUCUAUUGGUUUACAAACGAUGCUCAGCUGUUCGCAACUGGUACGUUGAGAGCGCACUUUGAUUUCCAAAAUAAAAUCGAAAUGCUUGACAUCGUGAUCAUGAACCACAACGAAUAUCUUCCCCGAAGUCAAUUGCAGGCACUUGAGGUACUACCCGACCAAAAGCAAAGUCCAAAAGUCUCGAAAAAUAUGGGCAAGCGGGCGCAGCAAAAGCAAGCUCAACCUUCGUUUACAUUACCCGAAUCUAUGGUGACCGCCAACGGUGUGCCUACCCCCGUCAUGAGCUUUUUGGAGGUGGCAGAAACAAUUUCUCAAAUGCAAUUGCUGUUCCAGUACUCGCACCAGCACCCGCAAUUAACGCCCUCGGAAUCGCUGCGCAGCCUGGUCGGCAAUAUUCAGAACCAGGGUCCAAAUCCUGCCUUCAUGCCAGGGCCCAUGAACCCAGCGCUACCACAGGGCCAUAACCCGCGCGCACCUAGCGUUGGGGGCCCCAAUCAAUUUGCAUCCCCUGCGAUGGCUCAUCUUGCUUUACCCGGAAACCAAGGCUCACCUCAUCUCACUGGUUCGGCUCAUCCAAGUCCUGCCCAGAGUAAUCUUCCUGGACCUCCCGGGAUGACCCCUCAAGGUCAGAUGCAAGCAAACGUUUCACAAGUCACAAGUGCUAGCGCGAGUCCUAACGUAAGCAAUAAACGUCGACGAGCAAGUACGGUCAAGAUGGAAGGUGAGGAUGGUGCUGGAGACGUCAACGGCACCGCUCCAGGGUCAGGCAAAGUUAAGGCUAGCCCCCGAGUUGGGGGCAAGAGGCAGAAAGGGACCGCUUGA